AUGUCAUGCCUCGUGACGGUGCCUUUCCCCCGCACUGCUGCAGUUACCAUCCACUCCUCCCAAGUCACAGCUCUGGUCGAUUGCCAGAAGGAGUGGGGCGUGACAAUGGAGGGGUGGGCGGAAGGAGGCGAGUGCACGGAGGAGCAGGCGUACAUAGACGAGUUUGAAGGCGGCAACCCAAUGCCUGACUGGCAAAAGCCCAGAGGCAUUCUGUGCGAUGGGGACGGCAUGGUAACCAUAAUGCACAUGGCGGGAGAGGGGCUCCGAGGCUCCAUACCAGCAUCCAUUGGUUCCCUCAUCCAGCUCUCCUACCUGUGCGGUUUGGCUUCCACACAUUUCUCUCAUCUCCCUCUCUUGCCUGAGACACUACACUGCACGAGCUAG